AUGGCCGAGACCGUGGUUGUAAAUGGCGGUCCCAUCCCCGAGGACAACAUCAUCAACCGCCGCGGCGGUGAGUCGAUCUACCAGAGCUGCGUCAACCUCAGAAAGCGCCUGACCGAGCUGCCCGAAUUCGAGCCGCACCUGCGGGAGAUGGACGAUGCCGACGAAGCGCAAGCCAACACCGACCCCGUGGCCUCGCUAUGGAACUGCCUGCGUGCUGGAUACCCUCUCCUGACCAUCUACAACGCCUCCAGCCCCGAGGAGUACCUGGAAGUCGACCCCGUCAAAACCGCCGAGGCCAAACGUCCCAAGGCCGCCACCUUCAAAUUCCUGCAGGCCUCCCUCAAGGAACUGGCUUUCCCUCAACAGGACUGCUUCUUCAUCACCGAUCUCUAUGGCGACAGCACCACCGGCUUCAUCAAGGUCAUCAAAAUGGUCAACCGCGUCUUGGAUAUCUUGGAAAUGCAGGGCCGACUGCAGCGACGAGCCGACGAUCCCACCCAUGCCCCCGAAAAGGGGGCGGUCAAACUGACUCGGCGCGAACAUAUCCUGAAGGAAUUGCUGGAAACGGAGCGCGACUACGUCCACCAUCUACAGAACCUGCAGGCGCUCAAGAAGGAACUGGAGGAAACGGGCGCUCUGACCGGCGAUCUCAGCCAUCAGAUUUUCUUGAACCUGAACAACCUACUCGAUUUUGCCCAGCGCUUUCUAAUUCGCAUCGAGCAGCAUUAUGCCUUGCCAGAGGAGAGGCAGAACUGGGGAGACGUGUUCAUUCAGCACGAGGAGGCCUUUCGACAGUACGAGCCGUUUAUCUCGAACCAGAUGCGCUGCGACGAGGUUUGCCUGAGGGAAUGGGACAAGAUUCGGGUUGCCCCGCGCUCCCUGGAUUUGCAGCAGAUGGUGGCCCAACCCGCAACGUUGAACGGUUUCUUUGUCAAGCCUUUCCAACGACUCACAAAGUACCCUCUGAUGCUUAGCGAACUUCGCAAACAGACGGAAAACCCAGAUCUCCAAAACGAUAUCAGCCGGGCCAUCGAUGCGAUUCAGACCGUCCUCGAUUUCGCGAACGAUGCAAUUGACAAGGAACAUCUCGCCUCGGCGUUUACGGAACUCGAUGAGCGAGUUGAUGAUUGGAAAUCGCUCAAGAUAGAUUCGUUCGGCGAUCUGCUCCGAUUUGGGACUUUCACGGUUUUGAAAGGCGACAAUGGCAAGGAUUCGGAAAGAGAGUACCACAUCUACCUUUUCGAUCGCAUCCUUCUCUGCUGCAAGGAUAUCAACCCGAACAAACAAAAGACCAAGCUUAUUGUCAGCAAAGACAAGCCCGCCGCCACGGUGAAGGGAAAGCCACGUCUUCAGCUCAAAGGCCGCAUUUACAUGGCGAAUGUGACCGAUAUCGUUUGUCUUCAAAAGCCCGGCUCUUAUCGCAUCCAAAUUUUCUGGAAGGGUGACCCCGGCGUGGUGGACAACUUCAUCAUUCGCUAUCAGAAUGAAGAUACCAUGCGCAAAUGGUACAAGGAUAUCGACAACCAACGCGCGAUUCAAGCCGAGAACCGCAACACCCGAAGCACCGGCACGUCCGAAACGGAAUUCACAUAUAUGAAGGGCAUGGCAAACAUGCCAAACCCCUACCAGCAGGAAUAUGAUGCCGAACAGGAAGCCACCAAGGAAGCCGGCUUCUUUUCCGAAUUCCCCAUGAGUCGAAAUGCCUCCAGCACGAGCCUGAGAACCCGAUCUGCCACGGGAGGAAGUGGGAGCUCAGGGCCGCCUCUCUCCUCGGGUCGUCCGCCACGCUUCCCAAUGCCCGAUCCUAACCUCUCGGUGCAUACUCAGUUCCCCGGCGGAGGCAUGUCCCCCGCAGAAAGAAACGCCCCCUCCUACUUCUCACCCGUCGCCGAGACGCCGUCCACGCGAUCAAGUUCUCAAUCAACCGGAUUUUCUUACGGACGGCAGACGCCGUCGGCCAAUUGGAACGAAGAGUCGAACCGAUACACGGCCCCGGCCUUGUCUCGGGGUGCAUCCAGGGAUGGCUCGAAUUCAUACUUCAACAACGCCCCGAAUGGACGAGGCGUGCAGCGUCCCUCCUUGCCGCCCAUGUCAGGCCAAGCCUCGAACGGCAUGGCGCAGCGCAUGCGAUCUGCCAGCAGUCCCGACAUCCACAACCACAACCCCGAAAUGCGCCGGUACAUGGGCGCACACACGAUGCAGACGGUCGACAACGUGCCGGUUCCGCCCAUCCCGGCGCACAUGGCCAGCAUGAAGGCCCCCGUCAACCGAAGCCAGAACAACUCGCCCACCAACGGCAAUCUUCCGAUCCGAAACGCCAACCAUCUUUCCAACACCCCUUCGCACCACGACUCGCGCCAUAUGCCCGCCACCCAGUUCAACGAACCCCAGUAUUCGGAAUCUCGAGCCAACCCGUCGACGUCGGAUCAACCGACGUCGCCCUUGAGCCACGAGCCCGACGAGGACCCUCUCAUGCCCACCCAGCUCAAGGCCAAGGUUAGUUUCGACGAUAACUACGUGACUCUGGUGAUCGCCAGCAACAUCAUGUUCCGCUCGCUCACGGACCGGGUGGACGCGAAGCUGGCGCGAUUCACCAACCGGUCCAUUGGAAACAAGUCGGUGCGCUUGCGCUACCGCGACGAGGACGGGGAUUUCGUCACGAUCGACAGCGACGAGGCGGUCCAACUGGCAUUUAUGGAAUGGCGCGAGCAGCAUCGAGACGCACUCUCCCGAGGCCAAGUUGGGGAAAUCCAGCUGUAUUGUCAGGCCGUGGAGAACUGA